AUGGUGGCGUGGCCGCGAAGGGCUGGUGAGGCGAUGACCGGUUCCGGUGAGGGCAAGGUGGUGGAGUGGGGGUUCCACCGGAGAGAGGUGCGAGCUGCGGUGGUUCACGGCGGAGGCCCAAAUUCGCGUGACUAUGGGCUGGAAUUUGGGGUUCGCGAUGAAGGAGAGGGAGUCGGUGAGGUGAGUUUUUUAGGUGAAAUUUUGAAGCGAUUUGGAGAGGCGGUAGAUGGUGCUCGUGCGGUCAAGGUUGAGGAUGGAGGUGCGGUGGGGGCUGAGAUGGUCGCGCGGGAGAUGGAGAUGCGGUGGUGCAGGUGCUCACGGGGAGUGAAGGCUGGUGUGGCCUGCGACUUAGUGUGGAGGAGGGGGAAAGGGAUUAUCGGGGAUAGUGAAUGA